UGUGCCCCUCUUCCCGUCGUGACUGUGGGUGUGUGUGGACUGUGGAGAGGCGAACGUCCCCUUCUACUUCGACAAAACCCCAUUCUGCUCGCACCUCUGAAACUCCAAUCGUCGUUGACAGAGGAGGCAGUUGCGAGAGGAGGAGAGAAGAGGAAAGGACAGAUCUAUGGGCAACUCCAGGAGUACGGGUAUGUAUUGUCUGGCCGAUGUUCGGAUUGUGUUUCAGAUGCAUUUUGGAAGGAAAAAAAACAUCAGAUGCAACUUACAGCAUCAUUAUUCCCUUGGCAGAAGUCAGGCUCGUGUUCUACCAUUUAAGACCCACGUUCCAGAUUUAGAAUGGAAGAUUCAGGACUUCUCAUUGCUACUUGAUUUGGGGGCUAAGUCAGCAACAUCUGCUGCUUUCCACUGCUCUGGGUUCGAAUGGUACUUGCAUGUGAAUCCAAUGCAUGAAAAUCCUGGUUCUGGAAUUCCAUAUGUUGCUCUUUUUCUUAUGCUAUCAAGAAAAAAGUUGAAGCAAGGUGACACAGUGCAUGCUGUGUUUGAGUUGUCAAUAUACAACCAUUCAAAUGGAAUGUAUUGUGGAUGCCAAGCUAGCUACAACUUCGAUUUCAAGAAUCACUAUUCGAAGAAGGAAUGCUUGAUUCCUCUUAAGGAGCUACUGAAAUCAUCCACUUUUCUAGUUGAUGACAUAUGUGUCUUUGGUGUGGAGAUACUAAAAGUUGAUGUCUCGUCUCCUGAAGAGAAGGCUGUUGUGGUUCAGAAGAAGACUACCAAAGUUCAGAACAUGUUUGUCCAGAACAAGGGAUUCAUCGAAGGGACAUACACCUGGACCAUGAACAAUUUCUCAGAGUUGGACUCUAACUUCCUCCGUUCUCCUACAUUUGAAGUGGGCGGGCUUAAAUGGUACAUCGGCAUGUAUCCACGUGGUGACAAGUUCAGCACUGAUUCCCUUUCUCUGUUCUUGUACGUGGAUGCCUCGAAGAAUCUCCCUCUCAAAUUUAAGAAUGUGGCUGUAAUGACUCUCUCGAUCCUGGACCAAAAGAAUGGGAAACACUUGACUAGAACAGCAGGUCUCUGGGUGUGUACAUACGGCUGGGGAUGGUCUGACUUCCUUGGACUCAAGAAACUCAAGGACCCGUCUGGAGGAUAUCUUGUAGGCUCGAACUGCGUUAUCAAGGCAGAUAUCACUAUUGUUGGGUCAUCCACUGAUGGCUAGAUCUAGCUCAUGGCCUGCUGAAGACAUAAUGCCCUUUCAUCUAGACUUAUAUAUAUAAGACAAUGUUGUGGUAGCAGUACUACGAACUUGUGGGAUUAUUAGUAUUGACCUGGAUGCCAGAAGUGAGACAUCAUAUCUUACCUACUCCUAUAUAUUUCUAGGUCUACAUGUAUGGACGGAACACAUGAUUUGUGAAGCACUUCCUUAUGCCUGGAUGAUGCAACUAUGUCAGUCAGCAUGUCUUUGCUACACCCAUGUUGGUUUUCAGUUGAAUCGUGUUAUCUCUCA